AUGGUUCAGCGCCAGCACCGAAAAACAAUCGCCUGCUUCUACGUCGACGCGGGGAAAUUGUUGGUGAGCGGACAGGACGAGGCUUGCUGCGCGUUUACACUUGUCGAUGGUGUCCUUAUCAAACACGGCUAUGUGCCGAACUUCAUGUUCAUUACAAGAGUCACGUUGAAAAUGGCAGUUUGUGCUGCAGUAAUUGCUCAUUCAAAACAUCUAUUGAGUCGAAAUUGCGAGAACACAUGGAACUACAUGGGGAAAAAUCUCCAGUAUCAGCUUCUGCUUUAA